GUACUUUUUAUGCGUCCUCGAAUAUAUAGGAGCAGAGUCUCGGAAGAGCGAUACGAUGAACGAGGAUAUGUUCGAGCGAAUGAAGAUCGCCGUUCAGACCGACCAGCUCCUUGACGUCGUGGAUCUCCUUCGGGAGGGCGCCAAACCAACGAUGACCGAUUUCGUCCAGGCCAUAAAGAACAAAUCCUUUCCGAUCCUCGAACUCUUUCUGAACGACGGCUUCGAUAUUAAUCAACAGAUCAAGGAUGACUAUCCUCCUCCGUUAUCCUAUGCGCUGUGCGAUAUGGAGACCACGAAGUGGAUGAUCGACCAUGGGGCCCUUCCCAAUGCGCGCUGCAAAUUUGAUAUGACCCCGCUGUCGAUUGCCGCGGCUUUUGCGACGCAGGAGGUCAUUCAAUAUCUGUUCGAUGCUGGUGCUUCUGUCAAGUUUGGUCAGCCUCUUCACUAUGCCGUGCAGCGUAGACGUUCAAAAGAGAUCCUUGAACUUAUCAUCCAAAAGGGCGCCUCAGUCAAUGCCGUGAUGUUCCAAGAUGACCCUGUUUCAUUUUUACACUUUGAAUGCCUUGGACUCGGCACUCCACUACAUGAAGCUGCGCGUUCAAAGAACAAGGAUCUAAUCAAGUUCUUACUGGAGAAGGGUGCCGAUCCAACUAUCAAAGAUACAAGAGGAAGGCUUCCGGAAGUGUCCAUGUGAAUAUGCAUAACCAGGUCAUUGUUGCAACAUUGGGAGAUUUGGUAUCCGCAAGACGCAUCGUCUUUGGCGCCCGCUCCACUCCAUGGCUUGGGCAGAUGUCGGACACUUCGCUUCAAUAUCUUUCCCAACCCUAGGGUCAAGGGAAAGCGGGAGCAAGGCACGAGGGUUCGCAGGACAUUCGGAGUGGUCCAAAUUCCGAAAUUCGAUGGAGCUAAAAUUUUGACUGUUGAAAGCAGGAUAACGUCCACGAGGCCAAGGACUAAGUGGAAGGGCCCUCAUUUGGCAACUGUGCUGGAUGGAUGGUUCCCUUGUCACAUUAUGAAGGCUUUUUGAAGAGGCCCGGGAGCCAAUUGUGGAUCACGGGAGACGGUGAGCCAGUUCUCGGCCAAUCGGGCAGGGAAGCCAAUUCUGGAGCAGCGAGCCCAAGUCUGGAGCGACUGAGCCAAUUUUGGGGAAGAGAGCUGGUGAGCGAACCUUGGGGCCGCGGAAGCGAGGCGCAAAAGCUAUGGAGUUCUAUGCGGUUCAGUGUUAUAUAUACAGCCACUUUUGUCCAUUCUUUGGUGCAAAUAUACCCCAGCAGCUGUUCGUAGUGGGGGAUAAAUGCAUUGGUCUUCGGCCCUGUGCGGCAGGAAGAAGACAUGCAUGAGUCAAAAGCACACCAAUCAACGGGAGAAGGCUCUAGCGGCCAGCCAUUGGAUAAGUGGUGAGCAAGUUGUCGGGACAGCGAGUUCGUCUCCUCUUUCCUCUAUGUUGGCCAAUCGGAACAGGCGAAUCAGAUUAACGAGUCAGCUCCUUCUGGAGAUUCAUCGAAGGCUGUAGGAUUAUUAUAGGUGGGAAAAGCGAUCACGGUGUCGUGCCCAAAGCGAAUCAAAGCCUCCUUUGGCCCUGAUUCGG